AUGAGAGCAUUGACGAAGUAUGCUCCCAGACACGCUUCGUCAUUACGUGACUGGAAACACAUCUCCAACUUGACCUUAGCGGAUGACGAUCCGACUGGAUCAACUCCUAUUGACCUCAUUAUUGGAGCUGAUUUGUAUAGCAAGGUUCUUGUCAAUAUACGCAAUGGACCCAUAGGUCAACCAGACGCUAUACAAUCGCAUUUCGGGUGGAUUCUAUCUGGACCUACGUCAAUCCCUAAUCAUGUCAUACAAAACACCCAUGUAGUCGGCUCUACUUUGGUUUCAUCGCAUGUCGGAGCCCAACCUCAAGGCUCACCAUUACCCAGUUCACAACAAAGGUAUCAUGCAGUUGCUCACUGCUGCUCCUUGGAACGGCAAUUAUCUCAUAGAGUAGCCGAAAUUCAGACACGAUUACCAACCGGUAGUUGGCAUCACGUAAACACCAGUGAAAACCCCGCAGACUGUGCUUCGCGCGGAUUACUCGGCCGAGAUUUGAUAUCCAUCAACCUAUGGUGGCAUGGGCCGUCAUGGUUGCAUCUUCAUUCUGAUGAGUGGCCUCAUCAAAUUCUAUCAGAGCACCACGAAACUCAGUUGGAACUGAAGGCAUGUGAAGCUCAUCAAAACAGUACUCGUGAAGACUGGAGUCUUGCUGCACGCAGAGGUGUUCAAGCAAGAACUUUACUUACUCAAGUCAAACAAGAGGUUAUCAAGAAACAGCGCUUGAUAUCAUUAAAUCCAUUCCUAGACGCAAAUGGUCUACUCCGCGUUGGCGGAAGAUUGGAGCAUUCUCAUCUACCAUUUCAAUCCAAACAUCCAGUUCUACUAGCUGAUCAUCCAAUUACUACAAUGCUCAUUCGCUACACGCACAUAGCCUCGCUGCACGCCGGUCUUCAGUCUACCCUGUCUAAAAUUCGCCAAGAAUUUUGGAUUAUAAAAUCUAGGCCUUUAGUUAAAUCAGUUAUCUACAGGUGCGUUCGAUGCACGCGAGAAAGAGCUCAGGUAGCCAAUCAGUUAAUGGGUCAACUCCCAUCAACUCGAGUCUCAACGCCAACGAGGGCGUUUUUGCACAGCGGCAUCGAUUAUGCCGGUCCAGUGCUCAUUCGAGCCUCUGCUGGUCGAGGAAUCACCUCACGAAAGGCUUACAUAGCCGUUUUCAUAUGUUUGGCAACUCGAGCCAUUCAUCUCGAGUUGGUCAGCGAUUAUUCAACGCCAGCAUUUUUGAACGCAUUUCAACGAUUUUGCGCCAGACGAGGCUUGCCAGCAGUUAUGUAUUCGGAUAACGGUACAACAUUCACAGGAGCCGAUAAAGAGCUAUCCCGCGCGUAUCGGGAUGCUCAACGCAAUACGGAUUUUCUCAAUUUAAUCGCAACAGAUAGGAUCACUUGGAGUUUCAUCCCGCCUCAUGCUCCUCAUUUUGGAGGACUAUGGGAGGCAGGAGUGAAGAGUGUCAAACACCACCUUCGUCGAAUUGUAAGCUCACACGCAUUGACAUUUGAGGAGUUCACGACAGUGUUGUGCAAAAUUGAGGCUAUCCUCAACUCAAGGCCGCUUUCUCCACUCAAUGAUACUCCAGAUGACUACGAGUUCCUGACCCCAGGUCACCUUUUGAUUGGGACUGCCAUUACUACGAAUCCGGAACCUUCCGUUCUACAAUUGAACGAAAACAGAUUGUCGCGAUGCAACCAAAUGCCUGUUAUUGUUCAAUAUGUAAUCACUGAAUCUCACUCGAAAAAUCAUUAA